GUAAAUAAGUGGUGCAGUGUUUAAUAAAAUGUAUUUUAAAACAGUAUUUAGUUUGGUAUUCAUUAUUAUAUUCAUAUCUACAGUUUAUACUUUAGAUUUAUGUGAAAAUCACAAGAGUUGUGACAAAUGCAUUAUGGAUCCAAAUAACUGUGUUUGGUGUGCCGAGGACAACUGGAAAGAUUAUCGUUGCAAAUCUGUUUACACUGAGGAUUGGUGUCCGACUCAUAGAAUAAACCCAACCAGCUCUAUAAACGUAACCGAGGAUAAAUCAUUCAGCUCAGAUCUUGGUAAAACUGUACAAAUAAGACCGCAACAGUACAACGUAGAUUUAAGAAUCGGACAACAGAUUAAUUUCAAUUUCUCCUACGACGCCGCUAAGAAUUAUCCUGUUGAUAUUUAUUUUUUAAUAGACGUUUCUAAUUCCAUGUACGAAAUAAAAAAGAGAGUUGCAGAUCAAAGUAAACGGAUAUUCUUGACAUUGAGCAAUUUAACGAACAAUGUUUAUUUAGGUCUAGGCACAUUUGUCGAGAAGAAUGUGCUACCUUUCACAUCAGAAAUCACUAGUAAUGAUACCGCAUACUCAUUUAAACAUCACGUGAAGUUAACAGAAAGCUAUGACGAAUUUAAAACGGUAGUGUCGAAAACACCGCUGAGAAAAAAUUAUGACGAACCGGAGAGUGCAUUAGAUGCGCUAGCACAAGUGAUGGCGUGCAAAGAAGAAAUCGGUUGGCGGACGCAGUCUAGAAAAAUUGUAGUACUAUUAACAGAUGCAUCAUUCCACGUAGCUGGAGACGGCAAAGCUGGAGGCAUUAUAAAGCCAUACGAUGGAAAAUGCUACACCAAAAACGGUGUUUAUUUAAACGAAGCAAAAAUGGAUUAUCCAUCUGUUGGUAUUAUAAACAAAUUAGCAAGAGAUGAACAAAUAAUAGUAGUGUUUGCUGUCGAGUCAAAGGUUCAGAACCAUUACACUAAGCUCACCCAUGCUCUUCGUCAUUCAUUUUGUACUACAUACGACAGUAGUGACAUGGAUGAAAUCUUAAAGAAUAUUUAUGAGGAAAUAACACAAAAGAUAAAAUUGGAAGUAAAAUCAGAAUACAUGAAAAAAAUGGAUAUAACUUUUGAACCAGACUGUUAUACGUCAGAGGGUAAUGAAUGUAACGUAAAGAAAGGUGAACAAAUCAAUUUCACUGGAACUAUAAAACUAUUAGAUCAAGUACCAGCAAGUAACUUUACACUCGAUGUUUUAAUUGGAGGCAUUAAAGAGAAAUUAACACUUAACAUGAAUGUUAUUAACAAAUGUAAUUGUCCAACUGUUAAGAAUUCAACAGAUUGUAGCUCCUUUGGUAAUCGGAGAUGUGGAAUUUGUGAAUGUUAUCCCGGCAGGUACGGUGGAGAAUGCGAGUGUACAGCAACGACUUCCGGCCGCCGCUCCGACAACGCGACUUGCAUCGCACCGGGAGACACGACCACCUGCAGCGGCCAUGGUUUCUGCCACUGUGGAACAUGCAAUUGCAGGGACGGGUAUAAUGGACAGUUCUGUGAGUGCAAUGUGAACAGUUGCAAAAUGGACGCGAGUGGGGCCGCGUGCAGUGGGCAUGGGCUCUGUGCAUGCGGCGUUUGCACAUGUACCUCAGCCGAAUGGAUCGGCCCCGACUGCAGCUGCUACAAGUCGAACAUACCAUGCCUUGUUGACGGCAAAGUUUGCAACAAUCGUGGUACAUGUGAAUGCGGCUCUUGUAAGUGCCAGGCGGUAGAGGUAUGGGACGCGAGAUGGUACCAGGACAAGCGCUGCAGCGUUAUGCCCUGUGCCGACUGCCACAACCGACAAUGCGAUUUAUUAAAGAGUUGCGCGCGAUGCCAUCACACCGGCGGCGAAUGUACACAAUGCCACCACAAAAUCAGGAUUAAUGUAACACAAACAUUGAACGAUUACAACAUAAACAAUACAAAUUGGAAUAUCUGCUAUUUUGAUACAAAGAACAUAUGUUACUCCCGUUUUAUGUACAGAUACGACAACAGUGACUACAGCAUUGAAAUGAUAGUACAGAUCGAUAGUGAUUGUGCUCAAAGCUAUUAUAUGUUUGGCGGUAUAUUCUUAUUGACUCUCAUCCUGAUCGGCAUUGUGACACUGGUCGCUUGGAAACUGUUAGUGGACGCAAGAGAUAGGCAGGAGUAUACGCGUUUCAAGAAACAACAGGAAGAGGAUAUGUCUGAGACAUGCGUAAACCCUAGAUUCAGACCACCCACUAUGACCUUCAAUAAUCCCGCAUUCAAGAGGGGAUCAUUAUUCCGUAAUAAUUAAUCAAAUGAACACAAUAAAAUGUUAAUUCUGAAACUCUUAAAAUUUGGCUAAACAGCCAGCGUAAGUCGAAUAAGGCAAAUUAUAUUAGACCUAUAUAAAUAUAUUCAGUGAAUUGUAGAUCACAAAAAAUUCUAUAAAAAGUCAGAGAUUGUAUAUUGCUAUCUUUUACGGUUUUAUGACAAUAAUAAUGUUUUGCUUUAGAAAAAACAAUUACAAAUUGUUAGUUGUUUACGGCGCAAAUUUUUGGUUUUAAUAUUAAUCCUUAUCCAAAUUAACAAAUUGGUUAUCAGGACAACUUACUGUUCAUUGAAACUGCCAAAAACCGUAUACAAUUAUGAUGAAUAACUUAGAAGAUAUAGCGAAUGUAAACAAUGAUCGUAAUAGAAAAAUCAUCUCGCAGGCCGGGUACGUUCGGGUUUAUAAGAUUUUAUGGGACAGGACGUCAUCGGGAAGAGUACUUCUGAUAUGACAGAAAAGACAUCAGAUGUACAUAUAUUCUUUGCCACCCGGGCAAAGUGUGGGCGGGCGCUACUGUUUUUUAAACAGUGUUACAAAAACCUUAAAUUAAAAAAUAGCAAUAGUAAGUAAAGAUGUUAUUUUGCUAGCAACGUAUG